GACCAGAACCUGAUAGAUUCAUAUUUUUCCAGCAUUAUACUUUGAUUAACAAGAACUUUGAAUCUUAACAGCCUAUAUUUUUCAUACCUCAGAGCAUAUAUGAGGGAUCUGCAGUUCAUAAGCCAAAGUAAGUUCAGGACGCAGGUUAAUGAUUUUCAGACUUCACCCUUGUACUCUCACAUAACUUUCCACAGGGAGUCCUGGCCAAGAGGCUCUGGCCUCUUAAUGACCUGUUGUGGCCACACUUGUAUCACUGAUGUAUUUUCAGAGGAGGAUGCUUCCACAGAUAGAUGGACUCUCCUUUUCUCCAGUCAAAGUCUUCAGUAUUUUGAUUUUCCAUCUUCUAAUACACUUAAAUAAAGCGGACUCUCAGGUGGUUGGUCCACAUCAACCAGUAGCUGCAUUAGUUGAUGAUGAUGUUAUUUUACCAUGUCACGUGGAGCCUGCAGAGGAUGUGACAGCUCAGAUAUUGGAGUGGACAAGAUCUGACUUGAACCCAAGAUUUGUCCAUGUGUGGCGAUCUGGUCAGGAUCUGGUGAAUACAAGAAAUCCUUCAUACAGGGGAAGAACAUCACUGUUCAUCAAUGAACUGAAGCAUGGAAACAUUUCACUGAAACUCUCCAGAGUAAAACUCUCUGAUGAAGGAACAUAUAAAUGCAGCUUUCCUUUAAUGAAGAAAAAAUCUUUUGUUAAGCUUGUGGUUGCAUCCGAUGCUGCCACCUCACCUGUCAUCAGUUUAUCAGGGAUUGACAAAAACAGAGGAGGAGUGGUGUUACAGUGUGAGUCUGCAGGCUGGUAUCCAGAGCCUGAGCUGCUGUGGUUGGACGGUGAGGGAAACCUCCUCUCUGCUGGACCUACAGAGACCCUCAGAGGUCCUGAUGACCUCUAUACUGUCAGCAGCAGAGUGACUGUGGAGGAGAGACACAGCAACAGCAUCACCUGCAGAGUCCAACAGAGGAACACCAACCAGAGCAGAGAGACACACAUACAUGUUCCAGAGGAUUUCUUUGACAUCACCUCCAGUUCUCCCUCAGUCACAGACACUUCGCCUGUUAGUUUGGCUCUUUGCAUCCUCCUGUUAAUUUUAUCAGUUGUUUUUCUUUUACGUAGAAAGAAGAAACACCUGAUGAGGACCAAAAGAAGGCCAAAGGAUCAGACUGAAGAUGUUCAAGUUUCCACUGAGGAAGACAGAGAGAAAGAGCAAUUUAAUAUGAAGUUGCCAAUAACUUCAAGGCAGCAGCUCCAGGAGGAACAGCAGAGGAGGGAGGAUGCUGAAAAUACACUUGGCGACCUGCAGAACGAUAAAGAAAAGCUGGAAAACGAGCUCCAGGAUGAGAAGAAGAGGAAUGAGGACCAAGAAGCAAAACUCAAAGAGUUGGAGAAGAAGAAUACUGAAAUCAUCAAUCAGCUCCAGCAGGAGAAAGAAACAUUAGAGGAGCUGAAGAAGCAGCUGGAGACCAAAAAUCAGGAGCUUUCUGACAGCAUCAGUGAGCUUAACAGGGAGAAAAGGAUAAAGGAGAGUGAAAUAAACACCAUGAGGAAUCAGCUGGAGUCCAACAAACAGGAGAUGAUGAAAUCUGAGAGAGAGAAGGAUGAAAUCAUUACGGAGCUGAGGCAGACGAUCCUUACACUGGAAUCAAAGGUCAGUCUCCAGGAGGAGAAACAGAAAAAAGAAGAAACUGAGAAAAAAGUUCAGACCUUGCCGAUCAAAUCAGAGAAGAUUUCUCACAUCAACAGUCCGUCCAAGCAGAAGAAAAAGAGACUGAAGGAGCCUCAGAAAGAAGUCAAGGGACAGCCCAAAAAUGAGUGCUGUGCUUUCUGAUUUGAUGUUUAUUUUUAAAGAAUUAGUUUACAUUUAUGUUUACAUCAACGGCUGGUGAGCCAAAGCAAAUUGCAAGGAACCCAUAUGUGUAUGUGUGUAGGACAGAGAGCAAUUUUAAAAUGUGUAACUUUAAUGCUGUUAUAUGCACCAACUGGUCACCCCUCCCUGAGCCUGGUUCUGCUGGAGGUUUCUUCCUGUUAAAUGGGAGUUUUUCCUCCCCUCUGCCACCAAGGAACUGGACUCACAUU